GUGCCCGUGUCCCUGCAUCAAAUUCUUCGAGAGCUGCCGCCCUCUCUCACCCUUUAUUUGUUGCAACCUGGCCUUGUUCUAACCCUUAUCACAGCGCAUUAACGCACAGCUCUUGCAAUCUAGCCAAGCUUCCAUUCAGCCGCCAAUAUGUCUGCUCAGGAUCGCGUCCAGAACUACAUCGGCCAGCUCGAUCGUGAGCUGUCCAAGUACCCCGCCCUUAAUAACAUCGAGAAGUCGACCAAUGUUCCCAAGGCGUACGCCGUCAUCGGAGUCGCUUCCCUCUACUUUUUCCUCAUUAUUUUCAACCUCGGCGGCCAGCUUCUCACCAACAUCGCUGGCUUCGUCAUUCCUGGAUACUAUUCCUUGAACGCUCUGUUCACUGCAAGCAAGCAGGAUGACACCCAGUGGUUGACCUACUGGGUCGUCUUUGCCUUCUUCACCGUUGCUGAGAGCCUUGUCAACGUUGUCUAUUGGUUCCCCUUCUACUUCACCUUUAAGUUCAUUUUCCUGCUUUGGCUCGCUCUGCCCGCUUUCCGCGGUGCUGAGAUUAUCUUCAACUCCUUCCUCUCCCCCAUGCUGGCCAAGUACUUCAACGGUGCCUCGACCGCCUCUGGCCUCCGUGCCCAGGCUGGCAAGGCCGAGUAAAUGCACACCAGCACUAGCUCAUCAAGCAGGUUGAUUGCCUUGAGACAUCCACCUACGACGAGUUACACCGCUGGCCCGACUUCAUCCCAUUACCAUUCGCUAGCUAGUCAAGGGACGUUAUGCAGCGACCAAGAACACAAAGAGGGCGGGAUGAGGUAUUAAGUGGCUAGCUUUACCCCCUAGGCGACAACGGUAAUGGCUCGAUCAAGUUUGGUCGAGGAUCCCGAGAUCACGACGGGAC